CGUCGCUACGUUUACGUCCACUAGAGCGCGAGGCGAGCACUACGAACAGGGCCCCAGAUAUAACGGCCACGAUCGCGAGACAGGACACACACACAUACACUUGUGGUAUACGAGCCGCAGGCAUGUCGUCGGGAGUUGCACUGACCGUUCCCAUGCCAGGGAAGCCGUACCCUACUGUGGGACUAGGGACGUUUACUAUAUUUGCUAAAACCGGUGGCGCAGAUGAAGUAUGCAAUGCGGUCAAGUUUGCCAUUUCUGAAGGUUACCGACACGUGGACUGCGCACUCGUUUAUGAUAACGAGAAGGCUGUUGGGGACGGCAUAAAGGCGAAAAUCGACGACGGAACAAUUACCCGGAAUGAUGUCUAUUUAACUACAAAGCUAUGGGAUACGCAUCAUAACCCCGACCACGUGGAGGGAGCUCUGAGGAAGUCACUGCGCAGUCUCCAGACCGAUUAUGUCGAUCUGUUUCUCGUGCACUGGCCGUUUGCAUUCAAGGAUGGAGACGACCCUUUUCCCAAAGACGCCGACGGUAACAUUAUCUUCGCUGACCACGACUAUGUUGACACGUGGAAGGCGAUGGAGAAACUUGUCGGAGCAGGACUAGCUAAGGCCAUAGGAAUCUCCAACUUUAACAAAAAACAGAUAGAAAGAGUGUUAGAGGUGGCAACGAUAAAACCCGCAAAUAUACAGAUUGAAAGUCACCCGUAUUUCCUGAACGAUAGACUGGUCACCUUCUGUAAGCAACAUGGGAUGACCGCCACCGCUUAUGCCCCUCUUGCCAACCCCAGUAGAACAUGGAAGAGCCCAGACGAACCAAUAAUAUUCGACGAACAGGUUUUGAAAGACAUCUCCGCAGCAAAGGGAAAAUCUAUCGCUCAGGUGGUGCUAAGGUUCCACCUACAGAGGGGUCUCGUUGUUAUUCCAAAAAGUAUUACUCCGGCCAGGAUCAAAGAAAAUCUACAAUUAUACGACUUUGACCUUUCCGAGUCCGAAAUGCAGCAAAUAGCUGGAUUAGAUAGAAAUCUUCGCUUCUUCAAGGAAGGGAUGGCGGCAAGUCACAAAUAUUACGGUUUCCACGACGAAUUCUGAGGCACUGUCAAUCAAGAAAAGUGACGCCAUUACGACCAUCAUGGUACAAACAGGACGGUUGAUGUGAUUUGUUAUUAUUUCGAUAACAGUCCCUGUAUGAUUCCUGUCGUACCCGCCUGCUGGCCAUAGACAAAGAAUGUCUCUUUCUCGUGAAGGAACAUAUUUUACUCUCUGUAACAAAUUGUCAAUAAAAACAACUUUCAGUAAAAGAAA